CGCCUGCCUGCGGCGUCCGCAGCGGUGGCCGGGGCCGGGGGCGGCUCAGGCGGGCAGCGGCGCGCACAGCCGCGCGGGGCGCCCGUCGCCAUGGCAGCGCUUGCUCCGGCGAGAGUGAACCUCAUACCCUGAAUCUCCAAGGGAACCUUUAUAAAGGAUUGCCCCCUCCCUGCCAUCUCUUCAUUGUUCAUCAGCUCUGCCCUGCAUUCACAGGGAAGCUUGGAAAAACACGCUGAGCACAGGAGGGCAGCAAAACAGACACUGCAGUGAGAGUGCCACAGCUUACAGAGCUCUCUGAAUCCUCCUCCUCACCCUUCACUCCCUGUUGAUGGCUCUCUGACUGACUUAGCAGGCAUCUGGCCACGAGUGAACCAUUUGCUGAAGGGGAUUACACAUUGUGCAUGCACCCUUCUCACCAUUUCUGUGGGACCUUUGUCCUGCUUCCUGUCUUCUCUGAAACUCUCUGUUAGCCCCUUGCUCAGUGGGACACUGGGCAACAGGUGCCGGCUGCUGUAAAACUCUUUGGAGUCCGAGCAGCCUGUUUGUUUGAGGGCUUCACCAGUCCCUGGAGAAGGUGGUUCAUCAGACAGAAGGUGUCUGAGAAGCACACAAGGUAAGGAGAGCCUUUUCUUUGGGGGAAGAGUGGAGGAAAGGAAUGAAAUAGAUGGGGAGGAAAAAAAGAAGUGAGCAUGAGAGACUGAGGGAAGAAGCACUGGCAAGCUUUCAUGAGAAAGAAAGAAGGUGGAAGAAAGAAAAGGGAAGAGAACAACAGAAAAAAACAGGAGAAAGAGAUCAAGUGAAAGUGAUUUAAACAAACAAAAGGAAAAGGGAAGACAGAGAUGCAGGCUGUUCUGCCUCGUGCCUGGUGACAAUGCCUUGAGGAGUGCCUGCAGAGUGCGUACGCCUUGCAUCAGCACAGCAGCAGAUGAGGAGGGACGUGGUUCCCCCAGUGCGAAGUCUCAUUCAUCCUCUUGUAGUAACCCAGAGGCAGGAACAAGGUGCAGCCUAGCAGGAGGACAGCAUGGGGGACUCUGAAUCAGAGUCGACCUUGCACAACAAUUCACUGUGGUGGCUGGCAUGUGGGAUGUUAGCCCUGCUGGCCAACUCUUGGAUUAUCCUCAGCAUCACGGCCAAGCAACAGAAACACAAGCCCCUGGAGCUUCUCCUGUGCUUCCUCGCUGGGACUCACAUCCUCAUGGCAGCAGUGCCCCUCACUACGUACGCUGUGGUGCAGCUGCGGCGUGAGUCCUCCAACUAUGACUGGAACGAGAGCAUCUGUAAGGUCUUUGUGUCCACAUACUACACCCUGGCACUGGCCACCUGCUUCACAGUGGCCUCCCUUUCCUACCACCGAAUGUGGAUGGUGAGGUGGCCAGUCAACUACCGGCUGAGCAAUGCCAAGAAGCAGGCUCUGCAUGCAGUCAUGGGGAUCUGGAUGGUAUCAUUCAUCCUCUCCACCCUGCCCUCCAUUGGCUGGCACAACAACGGCGAGCGAUACUAUGCUCGUGGCUGCCAGUUCAUUGUCAGCAAGAUAGGUCUGGGCUUUGGUGUCUGCUUUAGCCUCCUGCUCCUCGGAGGAAUUGUCAUGGGCUUGGUGUGUGUGGGGAUCACCUUCUACCAGACCCUGUGGGCACACAGAAGGCGACGACAGUGCUGCCAUCAGAGGCCAGAGGAAGCAUCGUCCUGCUCAUCAGCACACAACACUUUCAAUGUGCCAGCCAUUGUGGUGGAGGAUGUACGAGGCAAAAGGAGGUCCUCGCUGGAUGGCUCCGAGUCAGCCAAGACCUCCUUGCAGAUGACCAACCUCAUCAGUGCAAUUGUCUUCCUGUACGACACACUCACGGGGGUGCCCAUCUUGGUUGUGAGCUUUUUUAGCCUGCGCUAUGACACGGCACCCACUUGGAUGGUUCUGGCUGUGCUGUGGUGCUCCAUGGUGCAGACUCUGCUGCUCCCCUCUUUCAUCUGGUCCUGCGAGCGCUACCGAGCAGAUCUCCGCACCAUCUGGGAGCAGUGUGUGGCUAUCAUGUCUGAGGAGGAUGGAGAUGAUGAUGGUGUGUGUGAUGAUUAUGGGGAUGGCAGGAUCUGCAAAGUAAGAUUUGAUGCCAACGGUGCUGCAGCUGUGAAGCGGGAUUCUCGGGACAUCAAGCUGCUACCAAUGCACCACAUGUUGUUGCCCCAGGACAAGGUGCACUAUCUGCAGGUCCCUAUCUCACGGAGGAUGUCACAUGAUGAGACUAACAUCUUCUCCGCCCACCGCUCCGCUCCAUCCUUCCUACACAAGUGGUCUUCAUCUGAUGACAUCCGCAUUUCCACCCUCCGCAAGUCUGGAGGCCCUGGAUUCUUGCCUCCUCAGCUGCAUGACUACCAGCACUGCCGGCAGCCCCCAGAAGACGAGCUGACAUCCCUACGGCAGUUUUUGGAGGGUGGGCUGGUGCCCCGAGGAUCCAGCUCCAGUGCCUGCUUCUUCCGAGAUGAGAUCACCACGUUCAUCGAUGAGACGCCACAGCCCUCCCCAGUCUGCAGCCCACGGCACUCCCGUCUCCCACUUGCAGCUUUCCGCGAUCGCCGCCUCUCGCUUGGCAGCAGAGAGGAAGAGAGCACUGACCGGCCACGGUGCUUCUCUCUGGCUGGCAGCGAGGCUUGGCAAAUGCAGGAUGAGGAGCAGGCACCACGUGAAAGGACCCCUGAGGCCUGCGAGGCACAGGCCCUCCAGGAUCCCAAAUUAUGAGACAGCAUCAGAAACAUUCAGUGCCAUCAUGAUUUUUAAAUAAAACUUCAAACCUUCCCUUUGUCCCAGGACCCGAUUACUAAUUGACAUUCUCAUCUUUCUCGCCAGCAGGCAGGAAACAUGGCACCCCAUGGUAAGAGAAGUGUGGCAGAUCUGCAGAAUGGAGCUCCACGGACACGGACAGCCUGUGCCUGCCCUCAGGUUACAAACCCACCGCUGCCUUGGUGUCCCUUUGUGAACUCCACCCUUGCAUUCGCUCUGCCCUAAGAGACGAGGCAAGCAUGGAAUGGUAUUAAAAUUCUAUAUUUGGAGUGUCAACCGUGUGUCUGCUUUUAAAAUAAUAUAUUAGUAAUUAUUUUGUUUCCAUAGAAACAAAAUGAUUGGCCCGAUGUUUAAUGAAGAUUCACUGGCUUCUGGAAGGAAAAUGCCAAAUGUGCGAGGCGUGCUUCCUGUCUUGUUAGUGUAUCUAGGAGCAGCAGAUGCCCCGCAGCCCAUGGGAGGGUACAGCGCCCAUACUGAAGAGUCAUCAUUUGGAGGGGGGGUUGAAAAGAUUCCCUCUCCAUUGCAAGGUAGACCUAGCCUGCCUACAACUAAACAGGAACGGACUCGGUGAUUUCUGAAGCAGUGUUGUUUUGAAAACUUAAAUCCUCUCCAGAAAGACCCUCUCAUAAAGUAGCGUUUCCACUGGUGCAGUCUGUUGAUUCCAGUGCAAACUUUAUGACUUUGCACAAAACAUUGUAGCCCAAACUUCUCAGGCAGGCAGCAGCCAGCUCAGAAAAGCUGCCAGAGCCUCUACUUGCAGGGCUCCAGGCUUCCACGCUACCAAAGCCGGGAACAGUGAGUGCUAAAUCAAGCUCCUGCUCUGCACAAAACUCUUGAAAUAGAAGUGUGGUGGUAUAUUGGAGAUGAGAUUUCUCCUUCUUCGUGCUGUUUGUAGCUGCAGCCACAAGUGAAACGGGUGGCUGCAUCAGAGAGACCAUGGCAGGUAUGUUGUCCUUCAUCAGCCAAGCACUCUGCCACAUGAUGGAAGCUUCUGAAACGUAACAGGUCGAUGUGUGUCCUGCAGCGGUUCUGAUAAACAAGCCGUGACCUCCUCAGUGCCUUUCUGUCAGAGGGCCGAGGUCCCACGGCCAGAAGGAAGGGUUAGGUUAGCCGGUGGCGACCCGGACACAGAACCGCAGCAGGCCGCGUCAGGGCUGAGCUGGCUGCACGGGCCCAGCCCGGGGUUGGUCCAAGCGUCCGUGAAGAGCGGGCAGGUUUGCAGCACCGCUCCUGGGGCCCGAGACGAGCUGCGGCCCCGUGCCCCUUUACCCCUCCCGCAGCGCCGGAGCCCGCUCACCGCCCGGCCCCCUGGG